GACACCAGUCCCUGUAAAAAUGUAAAAUAAUAACUAAGCAAAUAUGUGUUCUCGUCGUAAUACUCUAAACGAGUUGUAAUACCAUCUUUAUGACGCUAUUAGCCAGGACCCCACUCUAAGCCAUGCUGAAGUGGUUCUCCAACGAUGGAUCCAGCCAGGCUCCCGGAGCCCCGGCGCCCAGGGACGCCUCCAGCAGCCAGCCCCUGGCCGAGGUGGCCGAGCGGCUGGCCCAGACGGAGCAGCUGGUGGCCCAGCUGAAAGAGCUGAUCCGGGAGAAGGACGCCGCCCUGUGUGCCAAGGACGAGCAGCUCACGGCAGAAAAAGACGCCUGUGAGGCCAAGCUGUCCAAAAUGAGGCUUCAGAACCGCGCAAAGAUCACCUCCCUAAAUGCUCAGCUGGAGGAGCUGAAGAAACACCAGUCUCUGUCUGGGAAGGAAACAAAAUCGGAGAGCAGAAAGGCCGGAAGCGAUGGGGACCCGGAACAUUCCUCGGCGAGCCGGGGGAAGGUCCUGCUCCUGAAGAAGAAGGUAGAGGAGCUGGAGCUGCAGCUCUCCCAGAGAGAGGCGGACCUCAAAUCCAAGACCAGCGAGCUGGACACUCAGCGGGAGCGUGGUGUGGAGAUGGACGCCAUGCUGGUGGAGAAGGAUAAGAAGCUGGCUGAGAAGGAGGCCUACAUCGUGGACCUUCAGAUGUCUGCUGCAGGAGAUGGCACCACGGGCAGAGUCCUUCCAAAGUCACCGGAGGAGCAAAAGGCAAGCCCACCGGCCGAGGGGCACGGCUCGCUGCCGGACCUCCAGAUGCUGGUCCAGAAUCUCACCAGGAAAGUGGGGGACGGGGAGGAGAAAUUCAGCCUGCUUCAGGAGCAGACCGAGAGCCUGAAAGAGCUGCUGGUGAAAGAGAAGGAACGCUUCGAAGAGAAAGAGAACAUGUACAAGCAAAACAUUCAGACAUUUAAAGAUAUCAUUUUACAAAAAGACAACAGGUUGACUGAAAUAAACCAGCAGCACGAACAGGAGCUCUUCAGGCUGGCGGCGAAAUCGGACGCGAGUGCUGAUCUUGAGCAGCUCUUGAAGGCCCUGAAGCAGAAGCUGCAUGAGAAGGAGGAGGUGCUCCUGGGGAAGACCCAGGUCAUCGACGUCCUUCAGGGGGAGGUGGACGGGAGAGACCAGCAGAUCAAGGAGCUGCUGGAGAUGAUGAGGCGACUGCAGGGAGAGAAGGACAACACGCAGUCCAAGCUGGACGCGGAGAAGCACGUGAUGCGCGCACAGCUCCGGGACCUGCUGCAGAAGCACGAGGCCGAGCUGCGCCAGGCGGCCGAGACGCACCGGGCCCAGCUGGAGGAGACGCACCGGGCCCAGCUGGAGGAGACGCAGCGGGCGCUCCGCGCGAGGGAGGAGAUGCAGGGGGAGGAGGAGGAGGAGGAGGCGCGAAAGGUCACCCACGCCCCCGCCCCUGCAGACAUGCCGACCGACCAGAAGGUCUUGGAGCUGGAAGCUCAGGCAAAGCUAAAAGCUGAGGAGGCCAGCAAAUCUGAGGCCAAGUUUCUGAAAAUGAAAGCCUGGUCCAAGUCCCGUGUGAAGCAGCUGGAGGAUGAGCUGAGGAAAGCUCAGUCUGGAACAAUAAGUCCAGAUGUGACUGCCUUAAGGAGCCAAAUUUCUGACCUGGAGGAGGAGAGAGAGGAGAUGCUGUGUAAACUGGAACAGUACGAUGAACUUAAAACCAAAAACGAGCAACUGAUUGCAAAGCUGGUGCUUUACGAAGAUCAACAGAGGAAGAUGCAGGCAGAUCUCGAGCAAGUUGCCAAGAGAGCUGCUUCUCAGACGAGCGAGUCGGGCAGCGUGGAUGAGCUCCAGAGCCAGGUCCUGGAGUGGCAGGACAUGGUGGCCGAGGCGGAGUCGGCCCGGGACCAGGCCCGGGAGGAGAAGGCCGCUCUGGCCCUGAGGAUGAGUCACAUCGAGGAGGAGAGAGAAGGACUGAUUGAGGAUGACUGGUUCUUUCCUGGCUGCUCCGAUCCAGCGCUGGCCAGCCGGCAGCAGGAGUUGGAGGAGGAGCUGGCGCAGGCCCGGGGGCGCCGGCCGCAGGGAGGACAGGAGCCGGCCGACUCGGCCGUCCGAAGCCUGCAGGAUGACUUUGAGUUUGAUGGGAAGCAGUCGUACCAGGACCCCAAAUGCACUUUAGAGAACACGGCCUCUAUGGAAGGGGAGAACAUGGGAGGUUGGUGGCCAGAGUACAGUACUCCUGAUACAGGUCUCAGGUCGGUGCUGGAGGAACUGGAGCUGGAGAGGAACCUGCUGCAGGAGCAGAUCCUGGGCCUGGAGGACCGCUGUCAGGACCUGGAGGACCGGCUGCAGCUGCAGGCCCGGAUCGAGUCCCUCCAGGUGACGUUUGAUGUAGAUGAAGAAGGUCGGCCAUUUUGGGUUUCUCAGAGUGAGACUGAGCGGCUCCAUGGCCAGCUGGCCAGUCUGCGGAGCCAGCAGAACCGGGACGCCGAGAAGCACCAGAUGCUGGUCACCAGCCUGAACGAGCAGCUGAAAGGACUUAGUGAAAUGCAAGAGUCCCUGGAAACGUCACUGAUUGAGAAGGAGCACAUGUUAGCCAAAACCUCAGAGAAACUGGAACUCAUCGACAGCCUCCGAGAUUCAUUGAAGGAGAAGGAGAUCCAAUACAGAGAGGUCUCCGAGAAGCUGCUUCAGACAGAGCACAGUUUGACAGAAGUUACGAAGAAAUGCAGUGCCUUUGAAAAGCAGUGUUCUGUGUUGAAGACAUCAGUCACAGAACUGACACAGAAGUUGAGCACACUAAAGGAAAAGACACACAAACAAGAUGCAACAAUAGAAUCCCUGCAAAGUGAUCUGGAACAGACGAAUGAUGAACUGGAUAAGCUUAACUCCACCCAUUUGGAGGAAAGGGCCCAGCUGAUUCAUGACCUUCAGAGCUGUGAGCGAGAGAUCGACAACCUGAAGGACAUACUCACUGACAAGGACAAGGAGAUCUCUCUGCUUUCCAACAAUAUCAGUGAAUAUGCUGAGCAAGUUCUGGAGCUGAAACGGGAGAUGAAAGACAAAGAGGAGGCAUUGGUACACACAGAAACUGCUUUGACCAGAGCAGAGCAGAAAGCUCAGAUUUUAAAAGACUCCCAAUCGUCUGACCAGCAAGGCCUGAACACAAAGAUAACCCACUUACUGGAACAGCUGAGAACCACAGAGUGCGAAUUAAGCGAGGCUAAAGAGCAAAAAGAACUGAAGAGGAAGGAAAUUGAGGACCUUAUUAAACAAGCCCAGGAGGACAACCAGACCAUCCAAAGUCUUCGUGGGGAAAUUCAGAAGCUGACUGUGAACCAUCACAGUCACCUAAAAGAAUGUGAGUCCCAAAUUUCUUCCCUAAAGGGGCAGAUGACCGCAUCUUCUCAAAAGCUGCAGGAGUCUGAGGCCCUCCUCUCUCAGGUGAAAGAAUCAAGUUCCAUCAAUGAAAAGCUGCAGAGUCAACUUCAGGAUAAAGAACAGAUGCAUGAAAAAGAGCUGAAGUCCUUUAAGGAGGAACGCAAUAAGCUCCUUGCUGAAGUCGACAAACACAAUAAGGAGCUGCAAGCCUUAUCCAAACAACUUGAGGAACAAGUGGUGGGAAAUGAACAGGUUAAGAAGGAGGUGCAGGAGAAACUGGAAACUAUAGCCUUGCUGGAACAAAAGCAGAAUGUCAUUCAGGUAGAAGCAGAAGCUGAGAGAUUCAAACUUAAUCAGGAGCUGAAGGCCAGAGACUCUGAAAAUGAAAGGCUUCAGAUGGAACUCAAAGGUAAAUCUGAAAAUAUCUCAGAACUGGAGAUAAGUGUAAACACCCUGGAAAAUACAAACUUGGAACUUAAAGCUGUUAUUGAGAGGAAAGCAAUUGAACUUAAGGAACAAAAGCAGCUUGUUGCUGAUUUAAGUGAAAAGGCUGCCGUGACUCGAGAGGAAAAUGCUAAUUUAUGCUCUGAAAUCACUAAUCUCAAAGAUGAAAGGGAGGAACUAAGACAGAAAGUUGCAGUUGGUAAGCGUUCCCUGUCAGAGCUGAAGGAAGAGAAUAACACAGUGCAAAGCAAGAUAUCUUCCUUUCAGAUACAAAACUCAGAAGACCGCAAAGUCAUUGAUGAGUUGCUGAAAGAAAAGAAAGAGUUAACUGCAAUGAAUGAAGAGCUCAGCAGUGCCCGAAACACCAUUUCACAGAGUUUGCUUGAAAAAACAAACGAAUGUGGACAGAUUACAAAAUUACUUUCUGAAAGUAAGGAGUCCAUAGCACAUUUACAGGAGCAAGUCAAUCUCUUGAAUUCUCAGGUAGAGCAGCUCAAUUUUUGCGUGGCUGAAAAGGAGAAGAUUGCUUUUCAUGAAAGUGCAAAGUGUGCUGAGCAGGAAAACCAGAUAAGGCAUCUUGAAGAGACUUUAUUCCUGCUCCAAGAGCAGAGUGCCACUCUGGUGGACAAAGACACUGCCUUGCAACAGACUACAGCUACGUGUACAUCCUUGCAGAAUGAAAUUCUCCAGCAGAAAGAGUUUAUCGCUGGCCUUCAGAGUGAAACUGAAUCCUUUAGAAUUGAGUGUUCAAGAUGGAAACAGAGUUCAGAGGAAAAUGAACUGAUUCUGAGAAGUAAGACUGAGGAGUCUCAAAAUUAUCUUGAUGAGCUGAACAAGAGCAGUCAGUAUGUUGAUACACUGCGCAGCAAGUUGGCUAUAGUGAAUGAAAAUGCCUUAAAGUUUGAAUCUGCCCAUAGUGAUCUGAAAGUGACCCUUGAAAAUCAAAUUUCUGACAACAAAAAGCUGAAAGAAGAGAACAAUUUCAGACAGAGUGAAGUGGCUCGCCUUCAGAACCAAGUUCAGGUGUUAUGUGAGGAAAACCAGAAACUGCAGGAUGCUAUUGAAAAGCAAGAGAAAGAGCUGACUGAACAGAAACUGCUUGUGGAGGAUAUUGGAAGGAAAGGAAAUCUGACCCUUGAGGAAAACAUAAACCUGAAGGCACAAGUGACUAAACUCAGUGAGCAGAUUCAGGUACUUCAACAGGAGGUCACCAAUAAGGAUAUAGCCCAUUCAGAACUACUAGAUGAAUGGAAAAAAGCACAAAGUAAAAUUUCUGCCUAUGACGUGCAACAUUCAGAAAAUUGUAAGUCUAUUGAGGCACUGCUGAAAGAAAAGGAAGAACUCAAAAAGCAAAAUGUUUCAGUUUCAGAUAAUUUGCUGGAAAAAACAAAUGAAUGUUGUCAUCUCACAAAAUUGCUCACUGGAAGUAAAGACACUGUUAUACAUUUACAAGAGCAGGUCAGUUUUUUGAAAUCUCAGAUGGAUCAACUACACUCUAGUUUUGCUGAGAGAGAGAAAGUUAUUGUUGAUCAAAAAGCACUUAAUGAAGCACAGAAGAGCCAACUCGAGCAACUUCAAGAGACUUUAUCCCUUCUUCAGGAGCAGAGUACCGCUUUGAAAUCAGGGCUGUUGGAGAAAGAUAGUACCUUGCAACAGAUGACAUCCAAAUGCACCUCCUUGGAAAAUGAAAGACUGCAGCAGAAGCAGAUUCUCACCCAGGUGCAGAGUGAAUCAGAGUCCCUCAGAAGUGAGUGUGCAAGACUGAGUCAAAGUUUGGAAGACAGGGAACUGUCUCUUGGAAAUAAGGCUCAGGAGUGUCAAAACCAUUUAGAUGAUCUGAGCAAAAGUAACAAGUCCAUUGUUUCUCUUGAGGGUCAGCUGAGUGUAGCGAAUCAAGAGUUACUGAAGCUCGAAUCUGAAAAUCUGAAGAAUCUGGAAAAAGAUGUCACGGAAAGCAACAAGCUAAGAGAGCAGGUGGCUCAGAUGGAGGAUACCAUUGUAGACCUCAAGAAUAAUAUUCAGGUACUAAAUGAGGAAAACUGCAAAAUGAAAAUUGAAGAUCAGAAUUUUGCUGCUGAGGUGUCUCAAAAACUGAAAGAAAUUGGUGCUCUCCAGUCAGAACUCUCCAACAAAAAUACUAAAAUAGCUUCUUUAACUGAACAGCUAGAAAAGGUAGAAAUUGCAUUGCAACAGAGAACUGAAUCUAUGAAUCAGCAAGAAAUGUUUAUAAAGCAGUUGCAAGCAAAAUCAGUGGAAGGGAAUGAUCAGUUGAACCAGAAUAUGGAAACUGUCGUUGAACUGCAGACACAAAUAAAGAGCAUGCACAAAUCUCUGCAUGAUCGUGAACAGUCCUUGAAAAACAAGGAAAAGGAGCUUGAACAGUUAAAAGAUAAGUCAGCAACUGAGUCUGAGGUCUUGAAAACCAAAAAUGAUGCAAACACCAAGAUCAUUCAUGAUCUUCAGGGUCAACUGCAGAGCAUGUUAGAUGAAAAUAAACAGCUAACCGGGGUGAUCACUAUAAAAGAGUCUGAGCUGCAGCAAAAAGUAAACGACUGUGACCAGUUAAGGGCGCGAUUCACAGAACUGGAGGACGCGGCACUGCAGCUUAGAAACCAAGUCAAGGUCCUAACCUCAGAAUCCACUCAGCUAAAGGGAUUGGUGAAAGAAAAGGAGCAGAUAGUAUUGGAAAUUCAGACCAACUUUCUUAGUCACUGUGAAGACUCAAAGGCACAAAUCAAUGCCAAAGAAGAGGAAUGUAAUUGCUUAAAAGCCCAACUUGCUGAAUCCCAAGAAACCUUGUCUAAGCGGGAAGCUGACCUCUCGGCUGUGUCUCCUGAAAUUAUCAAAUUAAGAGAUGCCCUUGCGGACAAAGAGCUUGGAAUGUCUGCUCAGACAAAAGCUCUCCAGGAGAAAUUGGAUGAAGCAACCUUGUUCAAAGCCCAAUUUAUGGAGAGCACAGAGUUGGUAUCUCAACUGCAAGAUCAGAUUAAGGAACUCAGUCAGACUGAAGAGGAGAAGCAAAGUGCCUUUUUAAAUCUGCAAGAAAAGUAUGCAGCCCAUUUGGAAGAGCUUCAUGAUGUUAAAAUACAGCUCUCCCAAAGGAAUGAAGAGAUGGCAAACCUCAACAAGGCCCUCAGUGACCGCAGUGAAGCUGUCCAAGCUGCCGGAGACACCGCUGAUGCCCUGAGAAGUGAAGUAAUACUGCUUCAAGACAAACUUCAGCUACUCCAAGCAUCUAAUGCCAAACUUUCACAGCAGAAGGUGGACGCUCUUGCUGCCCAUCAAACAAAUGCAGCUUCAUUGACUGUUGAAAUUGAGAGGUUGAAGUCGCAGCACCUUCAGGUUGCUUCACAAAUGAAUGCAUUGACUGAGAAUAUUGAGCAAAGAGAGCUAGCCUUGCAUGCAAUAAAUAAUCAGUAUUCUGCACAAGUUAAACAUGCAGAAUACCUGGUUACAGAAAUGCAGAAACUGGAUGAGCAGAAUAAAAAGUUGAGAGAAGAAAGCAGUCUGGCAGCACAGCAUUUUCAGCAGCAGCUUGGUUUGUCCACCAGUGAAAAGGAGCAAUUGCAGCAAGAAUUAAAGAAAGUUAUGAAUGAGAAAGAGGAACUCAUAAGACAUUACAACAGCCAGGUGAAAAUACUCCAGGAGCAGUUCAGUCUCAAGAGUCAGCAACACCUCACUAGCACGAGUGAAGCAGUGGAGAAAAUGAAGACAGAGAAGGAAGAUCUUCAGGUACAGCUGGAAGACACUGGGAAACAGAGGUCAGAGAUCGUGGAGUUGACACAGAAGAAGCUGAAGUAUGAACAACACACCAAGAAGGAUGUGAACAAGUAUGAGUCAGAACUGACGAAACUGAGGGCUGAGAAGGACCAGCUGCAGUCCGAGUGCAGGGCCCUCAGGGAGCAGCAGUCCCCGGCUGUGGGUGGAUGGAGCUCUGAGGCUCAGCUGCAUGCUUCCAAGGAGAACGUGGCCCCGCUGGGGAAGGAUCCUCCAGGGCAGAUGUCCCUGCUGACCGCAGAGCGGGCCCAGCUCCAGAGGGACUUGCAGCGCUGCCUGCAGGAGAUCCAGCAGAGAGAUCUGAACUUCCAGCAACUCAACGCCAAGAUGCAGCUCACGCUGGAGGAGAAGGUGACCGUCUCCUCUCAGCUGAAGUCUGUCUCCCAGACCCUGAGGGACACUCAGCUGACCCUGGGCCAGCUGCAGAACCGCUGCUAUUGGCUGGAGGGCCAGGUCCAGAGCCACCACCAACAGGACCAGGCUAAGGGGCCAGUGGCAGUGGAGGUCCCGCCUGGAGCACCUCAGGAGAGGAGCAACGUAAUGGUGGACAUGGAAGGCCUGGAUACAAGAGAGCUCCAGAGCAGGCUAGCGGAGAUGGAGCAGCAGCUGGACUGCUCCCACCAGGAUGUGGUCCAGCUGACCGAAAGCCUGGCCGAGGAGCAAGCCAGGAGGCAGGCAGCAGAGGAGGCUCUGAGCUUAGCCGAGGAGAGGGUCAAAAGUAUUGACUCAAGCAUAUCGAACCCAAGAGAGUUCAGUAUUCAGCUGGAGUCUGAUGACGAGGCCAGGGCACUUAUCAUCAACCCCAAUGAGCACGUCGUCAUGCGGAAGGUUAAAGGCGGGGUCCACAGCUGCAGACGAUGGCUCCACGGGCGAAGCUUGUACUGUUCCAAGCUGCUGACGUCUCGAGCCAAGUCUCGCUACCUGUUCCUCACCUACCUGCUGGCCCUUCACGUGCUCGUCUUCAUGUGCCUGUCUGGCUCCCUGUAGGACACUAAGACCUGCCGGAAGCUCCGCUUGCCCACGGGCUGCCACUUCGGUCCAGAGGGGUGGAAACUUCCGGAGGAGUGAAGUCGCACUCUCAUCCGUGUUCACUUCUGUUUCGCUGCUGCUUAAAACCCCAAUGACCCCCCUGCCCCUUUUCCAAAAGCAGAGGCCCUCCCAUUCCUCCCCACGUUGUCUAAAACAGUACAGAGUUCACUUUAUUUCUCGAAAGCACUAAGGGCAUUGCUGUGACGUGGCGAUGUAGCCGAUUGCCAUGACGUAACUGAUCGCUGAUUAAGCUAUGCACUGAACUUUACUGCUGUUUUAAUUUAUUCAAUAGAAAGCAAUCCAGCAGGGCUUUUUUUCCCAUUUAUAGAGUAUAUUAUACAAGGGUUUAUGUAUAUCAGGUUCUACACCUUGUGUGUUGCAGUGUACGUUGUUCAUGAAGUUUGAGAUUGUUUACACAGCCAAUCGCAUACAACUGCAAAAUUAUUCUGUUCUCUACAGCAGCCAUUUCAUGGCUUUUGGCUUCUGACUGAUCUGUACAUAUGUUGUGAUUGCGAAAUAUAUAUAAAUAUAUAUAUAUAUAUAUCCAUGUUUAAAGAUACAGAGCGCAUCAAAGAUGACAUUUUCUAUAUAGCCUCUAUUUUUUAAGGACAUAAAAAUCUGUAAUCACCUAUACCAUUCACACCCAAAAGAAUGUUGUUCAGCCUUUUAUUACCAUCGAUCGGGUACAAGUGUGCAAUACAGUGGAGCGAUGUCAGAGGCAAGGUUGCUUUCACACGAAAAGAGCAAUUUUAAUAAAGGUAUCUGAAAACUAUUGUUUGCACUUGUCUAUAUAGCUAAAAUCAAAUCUAAUAAACUUCACUGUGCAUACUGUUGAUUUUCAA